UGAGAUAAAUGAUGUAACACGUGGAAAGUUCCGGACUAACGUUAACUAAGGUCAGUUGUCCUUACUGUUUUUAUCAACCAGCGAACUUAUUACAGUAGAAUAUCCAAAAUGCCAAGAGGAAGCAGAAGCCGGACAUCAAGGAUGCCCCCUCCUGCCAGCCGGGCACCCCCUCCACCUCCACCACCGAUGGCCCGGGCUGCACCCCCUCCCACCUAUGCCCCUGCGCCAAUGCAGGCACCUCCAUCAGCUGUGGGUGCUCCAGCAGCAGCACCCAGGCAGCCAGGUAUGUUUGCCCAGAUGGCAUCCACAGCUGCUGGGGUGGCAGUGGGCUCUGCUGUCGGACACACUAUCGGUCAUGCCAUGACUGGAGGCUUCAGCGGAGGACAUUCAGAGCCUGCCAGACCUGACGUCACAUACCAGGAGCCGUACCAGGCCCAACCGUACCAGGCUCAGCCCAUGUACCAGCAGCCACAGUCGAUGUACCAGCAGGAGGCUCCUCAGCAGCAGGCCUGCUCCUAUGAGCUCAAACAGUUUAUCGAGUGUGCCCAGACCCAGAGUGACCUCAAGCUCUGUGAGGGCUUCAGCGAGGUGCUCAAACAGUGCAAGUUCAGUAAUGGUCUUUCAUGAGGCAGAAACAUGUGUGAAGAGUGAAGAACAUGAACACACUGCAGUUAUCAACCACACUGAAUAUCGACAGGGUGUGAUAAAGAGAUGAAUAAACAUGCUUUAUUUUGACAGUUGAUUAUCAUAAAACAACAUAAUUACAGUCAUUUUCUCAGGAGAGUGCUGCAGAGCUUGUAAUCAUAGUCUUAUAAAUAAUGUUUAUAUAUUUUAGUGUUGCAUAUUUAAAUUGAUGUCAGUUUGUCUGUUUUUCAUUAGCUUCAGUGACUUUAAUUUAAAAUUUCUCCAGUGUACUUAUAACAAUAUAUAACUGUGUCUGCACAACACAGUGACAUGUGAUUCUACCAGUUUCCAUUCUCUUUAUUCACAAUUAAAAAUAAUAAAGCACUUGGAUUGUGACUGAAAAAA